GCCCGAGCGCUGCAUCGCCGUCGCUAUGGCGCUGUGCGGCCGCUCGGCGCUCCUCCGGCCGUCCCCGCGUCCCGCAGCGCGCCGCCCCAGGGCCGCCGAGGCCUUCGUCAGGUAGCGGGCACCACGCAGGGAUGUGAUGGGGAGGACGCUGGGAGAUGGGGUCGGUGGUGUGGGGACCGGAGCCAGGUGGGACGCGGGAAGCCAGGAAGGCAGGAAUAUUCGCUCUUUUAGCUCUGCCGUCCUAUUUCUGAACAGGGGAGGGGUGCCGGGCUGUGUUAGGUGAUGGUGUUGGCUUGCCUGGAGUUCAGGUGUCAGCUCAGGUAUCAGUAGGUUACUAGAGCAGUGUUUCUUUUUAAAGACCCAAGGUGUGUGCGUGUGUGUUAAGCUAUAAUGCAUUACCCGAAGUGUUUCAGUGUCACAAAUUGCAGCCCAGGGCAAUGAGGUCAGCACACGUUUAUAGCACUCUGUGUGGAAGCACCCGCUGCUGUAAUAUCAGGCGAUAAGCUGGGAUGCUGCAGAUGGCCAGCAAACAAACAGCUGGCCAUGCUACCUGGCGUUAAAAUGCUAUGUGGCAGCUGUAGGUUUUGCUCAAGGAGGGAAUAGAAGUGCUUUUUCUUGUCAGACAACGUGCAUGUGGAGGGAGAAAUCGGGCACGAAGAGAAAUGGAGGUCGCUCCAUUUGCCUGAGAUAGGUGAAUAUGGCUGCUGGGUGAUGGCUGUGUUCCUUCUCAGCCUGUGCUUGGAAAGCAAAUUGACCAUAGGAGGGAAGGAAAAAGGGAGGAUUGACUGUUUUCAAGCAUAUAUAUAUUUAAUGAAUAAAGUUCAUUGCUUGCUUGUUUAGAAAGAGCUUAGAAUUUGGAGAGCGUCUCACAAUUCAUCAUCAGUAGCAAAAUGCCCAACAGAAAAAAAAAAAAACAACAAAAACUGGAAGAGAAAAUGGUUUCCACUCAAGCCCCUUUCUUUACUGAGCCAUUUCUGUAAUCUGAGAUCCUGUUUCAGAGUUGUCAUGAGAACGUUCAGUGAACAUCUGCAAGCUUUCGAGCUCCGCUGGGAGAUCCAGACAGCAUCUGCAAUUUGGUGUGUUUGUAGGAGGCAUGUCAUCUGUUCUUUUUUUUUUUCCCCCCCUUCCCUCUCCAGCGUUGGUUCUUGUGCUGCCUUUUUGCAGCCCAGAUGGAGGCAGGGUGGUUGGUGCUUGCAAUACAUUUCCCCAGCGGUCAGCAGAUACCAGGCAGUUAAUAAAAAUAACUUAAAACAAAACAAUCCGUUACCCUCCCUUCCUCCUCCUCCCCCCCCUCCAAGUCCCAAACAGGAAUGGAAAAAUUCUUAAGACUAUAUAAAGAAUAGAGAAACGGACGGAGAUCAUUCUUGGAGUUCUUCCAUAUGCUUCAGAGUUCUGGUGUGCUGUAUGGUAUGUUGGGAGCUGGUGUUGAUCACAGGGACCCUCAGCAUUGCAACAACAAAAGGAAGAAUGAAAGUUCUGCAAAAAAAAAAAAAAAGAGGAAAAAUCACCCCUUAACUAAAAGAUGAGUAAUGCCCAAAGAAGGAUGUGCCUUUUUAGAAGCUGCAGCCGCCUGCGAAACAUCCAGAGCAUCCUGACACAAAGCAGCAAAUCUCAGCCUGAUGGAAUCCUUUGCAUUUUAGGAAUAGACAGUCGAUACAAUGAAGGCUGCAGGGAGCUGGCUAACUAUCUUCUUUUUGGCUUGUAUAAUCAGAGUAACAAUGACUUUGAAAGAACUGGUUUUCCUGAAGAAGUUCUUGAUGAUAUAAUCAUAUUAAUAAAACCUGAUAGUGUCCAUCUGUACUGUAACCCUGUGAAUUAUAAUCAUCUUUUGCCAUACGUGGCUUGCUGGAGGAACUUGCAUUUUCACUGCCUAACUGAAAAUGAGUAUGAAGAUGAAGAAGCUGCAGAGGAGUUCAAGAUUUCCAGCUUCGUAGACAUGGUUCGAGAUUGCAGUCGCAUUGGUAUUCCAUACAGCUGCCAAGGUCAUCUACAGAUCUUUGAUAUGUUCAUUGUUGAGAAGUGGCCAAUAGUGCAGGCUUUUGCACUGGAGGGAAUUGGUGGUGAUGGCUUCUUUACCAUGAAAUAUGAACUAAUGGACGUCAGUGUUGAUUUGUGGAAAACGUACAGCAAGAUGGAUCCUGUUUCCUUGGAGGAUUUGCUCUUUGAGGAUUUAAUGACUUUUGAACAUCAGUGGACCAACUUUUUUGCUAAUUUUGAUACUGAAAUUCCCUUCAUUCUGGAACUAUCAGAAUCUCAGGCAGGGGAGCCUUUCAGAAGUUAUUUCAGUCAUGGGAUGAUCUCAAGCCAUAUAACAGAUAACAGCCCCAGCCGGCAGCCUUUCGUUCUGUUUGGUAGCCACUCAACGAAAGACAACUUGAACUCUGGUAACUUCAAUUUUCCAUCAGAAGGACACCUUGUUCGAAACACUGGCCUUGGUGGGAGCACGGCUAAACACAUGGUAGUACAGUGUGUAUCUCCAAAGGGACCUCUGGCUUGUUCAAGGACCUAUUUUUUUGGAACCACUCACAUUCCUUUCCUGGGAAAUGACAACGAGGUACACAAGAAACCCGAACAAGUUAUGCUGUUGUCGCAAAUAUAUACUGCUGUUGUAGAGGCUGUGCUUGCUGGCAUUGAGUGCUAUGCUAAAACUUCCACUGAAUCCAAGGCCAAGGAAGCAGCAGAGCAGAUGCUGAUGUCUGUGUUAGACAGCCUGCAUUUAACACAAAUGAAAACUGCACUACGCUCCAAAGUUGCUUUUCAAAUUCAGGCUGUGAAUAAUCAUGGAAGAGUUACUCCAUUAAAUAAUGAGGAUAGCCUGAGUUUGAUUAAAACAGCAUCUAUGAUGGUGUUUGACAUUCCAGACUUGCUCACAGGAAGAGGGUGUUUGGGAUCUGUUGUCUUUUCAGAGUCAUUCCUAACAUCACAGAUACACGUAAAAGAAAAAGAUGGCAGUAUUAAUUCAGAAACCAGCCACAUAAUACUGACCGCAGCUAUCCCACGAUACGCAUCUUGGCUGGUCGAAGACAGCGAUGUGAAACUAUCUGAAAAGGCACAGCAGAUAUUGAAGGAAGACAAAUCUUUUCUGGGCACUUUACUUACUGGAGAUGAUGGAGCUUAUAUUUAUUCUAGCAACCCACAGGCCAUGCCUGCAGAAGGCAAAUUGUACUUCUUCUCAGAUGGCAUUCUAUUCUGUGAUCCCCACCAUGGCAGCAUUUCCAUUUCAAAGGACCAUAUCAAUUCCAUUUCUCUGUAUGAUGGGGAUUCGACUGGCAUUGUUGCUGCUCUCUUUGUAGACUUCAAAAGCUCCUUGCUUGCUCAUCUACCCAUUGAAUUCCAUACCCAAGACAACUUUUUGAUGAUUGCACUUUUUCCCAAAACCAAGAUUUAUAAAGCUUUUUAUUCACAGGUUUUCUCUUCGUGGCAAAACCAGACAAACUCAGGAUUAUCUUUAAGGGUUGUCCAGGAAGAAUUCCUGUCUGUGGAACAAAAGCGACUACAUUCCAGCGUUCAGAAGCUGUUCAGUUCUUUGUCUUUUCCUUCUGGGGAAAGAUGCAACGAGCUGAAAAUAUCUGCUGCCCUUCCAGAAUUAGAGAGGUUCAUGCAGCACUUUGCUGUCAGCAGUGUCAGUCGUGAGCCAGUAAUGUCAGCACAUCUUCCUAUUUUAUUGCAACAGUCAGAAACCAUUCCUGACAGCAGAGCAGAAAGCGAUAAGGUGGUUAUCACCAUCAUAACAGGUCUUCCAGGAUGUCGUUCCAGUGAUCUAUGUUCUUUUCUCAUCACUUUUCACAAGGAGCAUGGGAGGUGGUUAGUUUAUCGACAGACCAUGGAUAGCCCUGAGUGUUUUAGUGCAGCCCACUUCCAGCGUUAUCUCUCUGGUGUCCUGGAGGCUCAGCAAAAGCACAGCAUCCGUCAGUCCACUUAUGCCAGGAAGAGCAAGAGACUCUUAGUGGUCCUGCAAGGAUAUACCGAUGUUAUUGAUGUCGUACAGGCUCUACAAACUCAUCCUGACCCAGAUGUGAAGUCUUCUUUCAUCAUUGGGGCAGUUAAUACUUGUGUAGAGCCACUGAGCUGCUAUAUAGAGCACAGACUUCUUUUUCCCAAGUUCUUGGACCAGUGCUCACAAGGACUGGUGAGUAAUGUGAUAUUCACAAGUCACGCUACAGAGCAGAGGCAUCCGCUCCUUAUGCAACUGCAGAGCCUCAUCCGAGCAGCAAAUCCUGCUGUUUCAUUCAUCCUGGCAGAAAAUGGAGUUGUAACAAGGAAUGAAGAUAUUGAAUUAAUUCUCUCAGAAAGCAGUUUCUCAAAUCCUCAGAAGAUUAGAGCUCGAUAUUUAAUGUAUCCUGGCUGGUAUGAAGGUAAAUACGGAGCUGGGUCUGUCUUUCCUCCAAUGGUCCAGAUCUGUGUGUGGUUUAGCCGUCCUCUAGAAAAAACACGAUUUGUGACCAAAUGUAAAGCAAUUAAGUCACUGCUCAAGCCGAGUCCCUUUUCUGGAAACAUAUAUCACAUCAUGGGCAAAGUUAAGUUUUCAGAUUCUGACAAAGUGAUUGAGGUUUGUCACAACACAUCCUCCAACUCGCUAAGCCUUGUGCCUGUUCAGGAGGGGCCAACUCCUCCUGAUUCAAGAAAUGAUAGCAGAGAUUGCAGCGGUCAACAGGAGUACUUCCUUGUGUUCAUUGGCUGCUCCCUUAAGGAAGAGGAUAUAAAAGACUGGCUCAGAGAAACUGCAAAACAGAAACCUCAGAGGAAAGCCCUGAAAACCAGAGGAAUGCUAACCCUUCAGGAAAUAAAAAACAUUCAUGUGAAACGCCACUUGGAUCCACUUCCAGCUGGUUAUUUUUACAAUGGGACUCAAUUUGUGAACUUUUUUGGUGACAAAAUGGAUUACCAUCCAUUGAUGGACCAAUUCAUGAAUGAUUAUUUGGAAGAAGCCAACAGGGAAAUAGAGAAGUACAACAGAGAGCUAGAAGAGCAAGAGUAUCAUGAUCUGUUUGAGCAGAAGACCUAAGCAUGUGUAUUCCAUUGACUUCUAGACCACUUCUUGUCAGUAACCAAAAAUGCUGUUGUCCUUGCUGGUUAACUAGAAAAUUAAGUGAAAUAUAAGUUUUCUGCACUCCUUUUGAAACUAAGAUCAUUCCUGUAAGGUUGGCAUUUUUACUGUGGUAACUGCUUAGCUGUUUGUACUGUCAGGUUUGCUUCCACUUCACCUUAAUUCCAGACUGUAAAAAAGCAUCCCCUGGAAUCUCUGGCUAGUAGUGGAAAUGUCUUGAAAAGAAGAAAAAAAGGAAAGCUGUAUUUCCUAGCAGGUCAGAAUGUAAGUAUGGAAUUGGUCCAACGUGCAGAGAAUCGAACUGCUUUAUAAUCUCUUGGAUGUCCCUUGAACCAUAUUGCCCAUGAGCACUGAAGAGCAGUGGUAUACUUCAGUAUGUGGGAUUGGGGGAUGUUCCCAAAGCGAGAAAUGGGGGAACGUUUCAAAAGCUCUGAAGAGUACCCAAUCCUGCUGCUGUAAGGGUGUUCCUAAAGCGAGAAAUGGGGGAACACGCAAACCUCUGCUCUGCUUCCAAAGGGGACAAUGUGUCUUACAAAACCCUCUGCAUGGUCUGAAUCUGCAGUCAAAAUUUUGACUAUUUAAAGAAAAGGUGUUUAUGCGCUUCAAGGUGAAAGGAGAGACAGGUGGAGAUACCUCUUCCUUUCCAGUGCUGUUCUAGCAAUUGAUGUCGUGUUUUCUAGAAUGUACAACUUGCUGUUGCUUAAAUGAUUCCUACUUGAGUAGUAAAGACUAAGCAGAGCAAGCAAAGGAGGAGAGCAUGAAAAGCCAGGAUUCUUUAGCUAAAGAAUUGCUCUUCUUGUUUCCAAAGGUAAAAAAUAUCAAAGGACAUACUUGAAGUAGGAAAGAAUUUGGGAAGCUUUGUACCGUAACACUGAACUGAUGCACCCAGACCUUUACAGUUACCAAAGGGUAUUGUAAUGGGAAGCUGGGUAGCAUGUCCUUUUAACUUAAUUUGGUACAACUUGAAGCGAGGCCUCGUAGCUCACUGACUGAAGGAAUAUCAGUAUGUGGUACCCUAGCAGCUACUUGAACAUCGUUAAUCUGCUUAUUCAAUAAGCUUCAACAUCGUAGCUUGCUGUACGGUCAGCAUUUAGUCAAGUGAGAACAGUCCAAGGAUUUGAUUUUUUUUUUUGUAUUUCACAGCCUUAGAAAUAGUUCUGAGUUUGGUCAGAUGUAUAUAAUACGGUAAGAAAUUGAAUGAUUUCUUAUAUGAAAUACCUACACAUAACCCAGCCUCUUUCCAUGGCAGAAAAAUGAGAUGUAUCUCUCGCCAUUAAAACCUAUGACUGCGUAUGGCCCCAUGCUUAAGAAAUGUAUUUUUUACCUUUGGAAUCUGACAUGGCCAAAACUUCAAGAAGCCUAUCAGAACCUGAAACAUUUCAUAGGUGAGGUUUCAGUGUGAGUUGCUACUAGCUGGCUCCAUGCCUGCCCCGUGGUGGUCCCAUGGUGCAGGUGUGGAAUUCCAGGUGCUGCAGACUGGGAUAUAGAUGUUGGUAAGGUUUCGUUCUAGCUUUCCUCCUAGAUUUAAGAAGUCGUCUGAACGUAAGAAUUCUUUUUCUUUGCACACCACGAGGCUUUAUAAACGACUUGUAUCCUGUUAAGGCCGGUAAAAGCCAGCUAUAGUUGCGUAUGUAGGCUUUCUGGGUAACCCCAUUACAGGUAUAGAGCAUCGUGAUAAGGCUCGUGAGUUUAUCUAUGCAUGGCUAUGAUUUAGUCUUAAUAUACUGUAGUGCCUGGUAGAGAAAUGUAGCUAGCAGUGGGUGUAGGGGGCCAGCAGGUGUUUACAGACUAAGUGCAGUUGGCAGCACAAAGCGAUGUAUCAGACCAGGGUUAUGAGGGAACAGAAUUCUGGGGCUAAAACUGCAAUAAAAGGGGCAUUAGGAAAAUCCGUAAGGUAGGAUUCUUUGCCAGCCAACUUAGCGUAAACCCCGCGUGCUCCUUUUCAGUACCAGUUAUCUAAUCUGCAAAGCCAUAUAUCUAGGAUAGCGCAAUGACGACGCGACGUCAGAAGAGACAGCGGUGGCUGAACAGCUGUAAGUCAGUAACCGUGUAGGUUUAAGUGCAAUUGAUUGAACCAUAGAUGAAGAUGCUGUAGCUUGCUUUGCUCUGCUGAACUCUUUUUAAGAGCCCCAGUUUGUGCAGCGCUUGAACAUGUGUGUUUGUGGGGCUGAUGGGCCUGGAGCUCCCCAUCACAAACGCAGUGCCCCAUGAACUGAGAUGAAACACGUGUGCAACGUGUGCACAUUGAGGUGUUCUUCAAAAACCAGCUCAGAAGAGCUCAGAACAAAGGCCUAGUAUACAGAUAUACCGUACUGCAUGCUAUGUGAGGAUAGCUGUGUAUUAGGAAGACCUUUCACCAUACUGGUACUAUUUCAACGAUGAGAUUUUGGUAUUGAAAUGAUUUGAUUACCUCAAUUUUUCUUUUUCUUUUAGCUUUUAACUGUGACUUCAAAACUGAAAAAUUACCCAAACAGUGAAACUGUGACAGAGGUAUCCUUGAAACAGAGCAGUGCCUUGCAGACGAUGCCAUUUAUGCCCAAAGCAUAAAAUAAAUGGACAUCAUGGGUUGCAUUGCUUGCAACCCCUUUGUGUUUUUUUUUAAAGGAAAAACAGUUUUGGUGAAAGGACUUAAAAUUAACCUAGUGAAGAAUAUUAGCACAAAUACUGUUUAAAAAGGAAGCUCUUUGAGGACUCAAAGGUGUAAACGCCUGAUGCUGCUGCUAGCAGUUGCUGAUUAUUUGGGGUUAUUUGUAACAGUCAGCAGCACUUUUCUUUCUUGUUUUGUUUUUUAGAAAAGCGUAACUUUUGUACUCUGAUCAGAGAUGUUUAUAAGCUGGAAAUGUGGUUUCCUCACUCUUUUGGAGUUGGGGUAAGGAUGGGGUUACUCCUAAGGAUCUAGUUUUGAAAACUUUUUUGCUACUGUAAAACUGAACUAAAAUACGAGAAGCACCGUUUCUAAACCACAAAUGUUUGGAUACAGAAAAAGUGCCAUUACGCUGUUCCGUUAUCUUUUACUGUAUUUGGGGGUGGAAAAAAAACCCCAAUAUGGUAACAGUAACUUUGUGUCCAGGCAUUUCUGAGAUGGGAAAGAAAUGCUGAGAGUCCUCAAGGGGUUUACAUGCUUUGCUGACCUUCAUGUUAGCAGCUCGUGGUGGUGAUGUUGUUUGUUUUUCUUCCCCUUCACGGAGAAUGAGUGUGAUCAGAAGUUACUGAAGUUAUAGGGAGAAAAAAAUGUGACCAACUUAGGAGAGGAACGUCUGCAACGUGGGCAGAGUGUUUGAUAUGCAGCCAUGCAGUUUGGCAUCAGCCUGAUGUUAUGCCUUGCAAUUCACGAGGCUGAUUGCAGGGAGGACUUAAGUUGCAUGUAGAAGUUCCCUACUAAGUUGCUUUUUUUUUUUUAAUUAUUGUUUUUUAAUUAAAAUUCUUCAGAAUUUGCACAGAUUUAAGCUCUGGAAUACGUUGGUAUUCUUAAAAGGGAAAAAUUGCAACUAGUAUAGUGAAUUGUGAACUGUGAGUCGUUAGAACUACAUUGCUGAUCUAAUUUUAGAUUGUUUUAAAACGUACCUCAGAAAGCUAGUGAGAAAUUGCUUCGUUUUUUACACGAGUCCGGCGCUGAUGUAACACUUCUCACUUUACAACGUGCCAAAAUUCACUUUUAUACUAGUUCUCAAUGCUUUAAUAUUUGCAACGUUAAGUUAAAAACUUGUAUUUUCAAACACUACUGUAACUUCAGUUAAACUGAAUGGUGUGAGUGAAGCUUUCUUUUUUUUUUUUUGCCUAUCGUAUUUAUUACACAACUUGAUUUGGUAAAUAUGAAAUUAGCUUUCCAUUUAUUUUUGUAUUGUUUUACGUGUUUAUACCUGCAGUUUGUGUGACUUUUACACCUGUAACUCAGAUGUGAUGGAAAGAACCAAUAAACAGUAUCCAUCUG